AAAUAAUUAGAUUUGACAUUUAUGUGGUUGAAUAAAAGAAUUGGCAGUUUUUGACAAAAUGGAAAACUAGGAAUGAUGGAAAAGGAAAGUUGGAAAAGUGGAAGGCUUGUUUCCACAUUGCCUAGGUCGGCCACCUUUGCUUCCCUUUUUUCCAUUUAUUUUUCAUUUUUUAAUGCCAAGUAAUUCAACCAUAACCCUAUGUGGUCUUCUAUAAAUAGAAGGUAAAGGCUUCAGGUUUUACACACACUUUGUCAUUAUUUUCUUUCACUCAAAAUCUCUGUUGAAGCCGCCACUCUCUCUCUCUCUACCUUCUCUGUUUUUCGAAAUCCUCUAAGUGAUAGAGUAGUGCCCACACACAUCAAGUAAUACCUCAAUCAUAGUGAGGAAGGCUGUGUAGAAUUCAGAGUCAACAAAGAAGGACAUUCGGACUCAGAUCUUGAUUAUACUCUGCGACAGAAAGGAAUCAAGGGUUAGAGAUCUGAGUGGGAGGAGACAUAUAUUCCGCUGCACCCAAUCUAAGGUGUUGGUGCCCUUUUAUCCCUUGGUGGGUCGGCUAAGGUAUGACAAUGGCGGUCGCCUUGAAAUCAAUUGUAAUUUGGAGGGUGUCCUUUUUAUGGUGGCUGAGACAGAAUCUGUUAUGGAUGAUUUGGUUGGAUGUGCGCCCACUGUUGAGCUUCUAAAGCUUACUCCUUUUAUUGAUCGUUCUGCUGGUGUUUCUUCAUUUUCUCUUUUAGCUGCACAGAUUACUCAAUUCAAAUGUGGUGCAGUAUCAGUUGGUUUCAGUAACCAACACCGUUUAGCCGAUGGCACAGUAGCCAUGUACUUCGUCAACGCAUGGUCUGAAGUGGCUCGUGGUCUUCACCUAUCACAACACCCAAUCCUCGACCGAUCAUUACUUCGUGCUAGAAACCCACCUCACCCAAAUUUCGAUCACAUAGAGUACCAACAAUCACCACCACCACUCUCCAAAUCUACUCAACAACAAGAGCCCGAUCCAAUAGUCAAAGUUUUCAAACUCACUAAGGUUAAACCUCCGAUCCAUUGAACUGUAAUACCAUUAAACAUGAAGAACAAAGUUGCAGAAGAAAGGGAGUUGAAGGAAGAAGAAAGAGCAGAGAAAGAAACAGAGAAAGAAUGGAGAAAGGAAAGAAUCAUCUCCUUGAAUCUAAACAAUGUACAACCUUAUAUACAAGAGAGAUUACUGAAUAACAAAACAGAAAUCAUAACAACCAACUGAAAGCCAUAACAGAUAACCAACAAACAAACUAACUGCUAACUAACUCAAACAGUAACAGACUUAACAACUAACUGUUUGAUUAGUCUUAACACCUCCCCUCAAACUCUGAAUUGGAUGGCCUCUAAUUCUGAGUUUGUCACGAAACAUAGAGAAUCUUUGGCUGGAAAUGGCUUUAGUUAACCCAACUGCAAUUUGAUCAAAGGCUGCCACAUGUUUGAUUUGCACCAUCUUGUUUAUGACCUUUUCUCUCACAAAGUAUAGGUCCAAUUCUAUGUGUUUAGUUCUAGCAUGUAGAACUGGAUUCUGAGUGAGCAUUAUGGUACUUAGGUUGUCACACC